UCCCAUUUUUAAACACAAAUUUGUUUCUAGUUAUACUAACAAAUUAAAAUAUCAUAUAGAUAAUCUUAAACAAGCUUUAAUUACAUACGAAAACCAACCAGUCGAUGUGCAUAUAAUGAUACAUCAUUGUACAAUGUAUAUGAUAUUAGAGUAUUUAAUCGACGAUGAUAUAAGCGUUGAAACCGCAUCAGAUAUUGUGCAUGCUGUGGAUAAAAGCUUAAAUAUGACCAUUGAAAGAGAAUUCUCCGCUAUAAAAUCGAACAGUGUAUUAUUUCCUUUUACAAAAAUGUAUAAAUCUUGGGUACAAGUUCAUGAAUUUUUGGAUAAAAUAUUUAGGAAUUUUAUCCAUAAACAUAUAAAUUUAAGAAAAAAUGGUCCCACAAGACCAAAUCCAGAAGAUAAGAACUUGAUGGAUUUAUUGCUUGAAAACAAUUUUUCUGAACAUGCAAUAAUGAGUCAUUUGAAGACGUUCGUCAUUGCGGGGUUUGGUACAGUUGCUAAGACCGCUUCAUUUGCUUUAUUUGAAAUUGCCAAACGAAAAGAUAUACAAGACAAAAUACAUAAAGAAUAUUUAUCUUUAGCUGGAACUAAUAAAAAUUACGUUUUUACUUUUGAUGAUAUUCAAAACAUGAAAUAUACUGAAUCGGUAAUUAAAGAAGCCAUGAGGAUGUAUCCUGCUGUGCCUAUGGUAGAAAGACAGUUAAAAUCGCCUGUAAUUAUAGAUGGACUUUGUAUUCCUAAAGAUAUCGAUAUUGUAUUCUCCAUCACGUGUUUGCACAAGUACAAUUUUUCAAAUCCGGAAAUAUUUAAUCCUGACAGAUUUUCACCGGAAAAUAUAAGUGAUGUCAAUCCAUAUUCAUAUGCACCGUUUUCAUUGGGACCAAGAAAUUGUAUAGGUUAG